GGAUUCACAGGAGACGGGAGUUCGGCGGGCGGAGGGAGUCGCGGUUGUGCCGUGAGGGAAAGGGCGGCCUUCCGAGACUGUUUCCUCUUUCCGAGAGAGGCCCCCGGUGACGGAAGGAGCCGGGCCGAAGCGGCGAGAUGGUCAUGGAGUACUUCGUUCAAAGUUUUUGGGGUGAAAGGAAUAAUGGCUUUGAUGUCCUUUAUCAUAAUAUGAAACAUGGCCAUACAUCUACAAAGGAAUUAGCAGAUUUUAUAAGAGAAAGGGCUACAAUAGAGGAGGCCUAUUCAAGGUCAAUGACAAAGCUCGCCAAAUCAGCAAGCAACUAUUCACAGAUUGGGACAUUUGCACCAGUCUGGGAUGUUUUCAAAUCAUCAACUGAAAAACUAGCAUGCUGUCAUCUAGAACUUGUUCGAAAGCUGCAAGAACUAAUAAAAGAAGUGCAGAAAUAUGGAGAUGAACAAAUAAAAGCUCAUAAAAAGACCAAGGAAGAAGUUUCUGGGACUUUGGAAGCAGUUCAAAAUUUUCAGAGUAUUACCCAAGCACUGCAAAAAGCAAAAGAAAACUAUAAUUCAAAAUGCGUGGAACAAGAACGUUUGAAAAAAGAAGGUGCAACACAAAGAGAAAUAGACAAGGCAGCAGUAAAAUCCAAGAAGGCUACCGAGAUGUACAAAUUAUAUGUAGAAAAAUAUGCUGUAGCAAAAUCUGAGUUUGAACAAAAGAUGAAUGAAACUUCCCAGAAAUUUCAAGAUAUUGAAGAAAUGCAUCUCUUCCAUAUGAAGGAAAUUAUAGAAUGUUUUUCAAUUACAAUAAAUGAAAUUCAUUUACAGAUUGGAGAGGUCCAUGAAGAAUUUAGAAAUAACAUGGCAAACACAACAGUUGAAAGUCUGAUACAAAAAUUUGCUGAGUUAAAAGGCACAGGCAAAGACAGACCUGGACUAAUUGAAUUUGAAGAAUGUAAUACAGCCAGCGCAGUUGAGGGAAUAAAGCCAAGAAAAAGAAAGCAUUUUGGAUUGUCAGGGAUUAUUAAGAAGGAAAAAGAUCCAGAAUCUAUAGAAUGUCCCGAUGCAGAUUCAGUAAACAUUCCAGAUGUAGAUGAUGAGGGGUAUAGCAUUAAACCUAAAGAUUGUCAGAAUAAUGCCAAAGAAAACCACUUUUAUUCCUCAAGUGAUUCUGACUCUGAAGAUGAUGAACCCAGAAAGUUUCGUGUGGAAAUCAAACCCGUGCAUUCAGACUGUAGUUCUCAUUAUACAGUGCCUUCUUUGGAUGAAUUAAAAGAAUCAAUAGGAAACAUCACACUUUCACCAGCUAUAUCUGCACAAAUGAACCGGAAUGCAUCUAGUGAAGAGUUAACAAAAUCAAAGUUUUCUGCUUCAUCUAAUGAGAAAAGCAACAAUGACCUCUUGGCAUGGGAUCCACUCUUUAGAAAUUCUGGUGAUUCAUCUUCCCUGACCUCAACAAUGUCUUCUUCUUCAUCCGGAAGACCAACAACUCCUCUUUCAGUAGGAACAUUAGUACCUCCCCCAAGACCAGCUUCUAGACCAAAGUUGACUUCAGGGAAACUCAGUGGAAUUAAUGAAAUUCCAAGACCAUUCAGCCCUCCUUUGACCUCCAAUUCCAGUCCACCCCCAUCAGCUCCUUUGGCACGAGCAGAGAGUUCUUCCUCAUUAUCAUCAUCUGCUUCACUAAGUGCAACAAAUACACCCACAGUUGGAACUUCACGUGGUCCUAGCCCUGUCAGCCUAGGAAGUCAAGAUACGUUGCCUGUUGCAAUAGCCCUAACUGAAUCUGUAAAUGCCUACUUCAAAGGAGCAGAUCCCACAAAAUGUAUUGUGAAAAUAACUGGCGAUAUGACAAUCUCAUUCCCAAGUGGGAUUAUUAGAGUGUUCACUAGCAAUCCAUCUCCUGCUGUGCUUUGCUUUAGGGUAAAAAACACAAGCAAACUAGAGCAGAUUCUUCCAAAUGUGCAACUCGUGUACAGUGAUCCAUCACAAAGUGAUUCCAGUACAAGGGAUUUUUGGAUGGAUAUGCAAGCUGUCACAGUCUACCUCAAAAAGCUAUCCGAGCAGAAUCCUUCUGCUUCUUAUUACAAUGUAGAAGUUCUGAAGUAUCAGGUAUUAUCAAACGGUAUCCAGUCUACACCUCUGAAUCUUGCCACAUAUUGGAAAUGUAAUGCUAGCACAACUGAUGUAAGAGUUGAUUACAAAUACAAUCCAGCAUCUAUGGCAAUGCCAAGUAUGUUAUCCAAUAUACAAGUCAUCGUACCAGUUGAUGGAGGUGUAAUAAACAUGCAGUCACUUCCACCAGCAAAAUGGAACUCAGAGCAGAUGAAAGCUUUGUGGAAAUUAGCUAGUAUUUCAGAAAAAUCAGAAAAUGGCGGUAAGAAGAAAUGUUUUAAAUUAACUAUUAUAGAUUAGAAAACUACCAUUUGUAUUUAAAAAAAAAAACAAUUA